AUAUAUGUUUUAGCAUAGAGACUUCAAACGCAUUAUUAUUACGCCCGAUUAUUUCCGCAAACUACAAAGUCCAGAUAGCUUUGCGAUUAUUAAACGGUAGUACAAAGUACUACGCAAGAAACAUGAAUUACGCUCGUUUUUUGACAGCUGUGAGUGCAGCACGAAAACCAUCACCUAUUCGGAUACUGACGGAGCUGCAGCAGAGAUCUCCUCCAUCUCUAAUCUCACUGGCUGGAGGUGCUCCAAACCCCAACACCUUCCCCUUCCAGUCGGCCAUCAUUAAAGUGAAGGGUGGAGAAUCUGUGGUGUUUGAUGAGAAUCUGAUGAAAAGAGCGCUUCAGUACUCCGGCUCAUAUGGUAUUCCAGAACUGGUGUCAUGGAUGAAGGAUCUUCAGAAGAAUCUCCACAAUCCGCCUACAGUUGGCUACAGCCCAGAGAGAGGACAGAUGGAGCUGUGCGUCACCACGGGCAGUCAGGAGGGGCUCUGCAAAAUAUUUGAGAUGCUUGUCAAUCCUGGCGACAACGUCCUCCUUGAUGCACCUACGUACUCUGGAACGCUGGCAUCACUUCAACCGCUGGGCUGUAACAUCAUUAACGUGCCGAGUGAUCAGUUUGGAAUGAUCCCAGAGGAUCUCAGGAAGGUUCUGGCCCAGUGGGCCCCGGCAGACGCUCAAAAGCCAGGAUGUACUAUACCAAGAGUUCUGUACACCAUCCCCAAUGGAGGCAAUCCGACAGGAGCAUCCAUGACUUUAGAAAGGAAACAGCAAGUUUAUGAACUUGCCAGGAAAUAUGACUUCCUUAUCAUAGAGGAUGACCCGUAUUAUUUCCUUCAGUUCCAAAAACCGUGGGCACCGACAUUCCUCUCGAUGGACAUUGAUGGUCGCGUCCUCCGUACUGACUCAUUCUCGAAGAUUCUGUCAUCGGGGUUAAGGAUAGGAUUCGUCACUGGGCCAAAGCCGUUAGUAGACAGAGUUGUGCUACAUAUACAGGCUUCUACAAUGCACACCAGCAGCUUCACACAGUUAAUGGUCUCUCAGCUGCUGCAUAAUUGGGGUCAAGAUGGCUUUCUUAACCACAUUGAUGGAGUGAUUGAGUUUUACAGAUCUCAGAGAAAUGCCAUGCUCUCCUCAGCUGACAAAUGGCUCAAAGAUGUAGCUGAGUGGCAUCCUCCGAUGGCCGGGAUGUUCCUUUGGAUUAAACUCAGGGGGAUUAAAGACACACAACAGCUAAUAAUGGAGAGAGCACUGGAGAAAGAGGUUCUUUUGGUUCCUGGUGGAGUGUUCAACAUCAACAGCUCAGAUCCGUGUCCAUACGUUAGAGCAGCCUUCUCGCUCUCAACCCCUCAACAGAUUGAUGAGGCUUUUAGGAGACUAUCUGAUCUUAUUAAGGAUGGCAUAUGAGCAUUUGAUUCCCAGAAAGAUGAAUUAAGGGUCCGAUACGUGUUUGACUCUCCAAAUCAUGAACUGAAUGCUGCUGUCACACUACACAAUGACAAAGAAAUAUUUGGUUUGCAACAUAAUUAAAGCUGCUGUCUACAUGGAAACUUAUUUUAUUCUAUUUUAAACCUUUAAUAUAGUCGAAUUUAAAGUGUAACAUGUUUAACCACAAGAAUGUCAAGUGAUGUGGAUCAGUGUAUAUAGUUGGUCAGGUAUUGUGCACGCUGGACAGAAUAAUGGCAAAAAAUGGAUCAAUAAUUCAAUAAAUACUCUCUUUAUCUUUGCUUCUGUUGUUUAUUCUCACUUUCAUUCUGCUAAUGUUGUAAGUUUGUGAUGACAAAAUUUUGCCACAUUUAACCCAGUAAUGCUUACCCAAGUCCCAAGGCUUUAGUGACCCAAGACCUCAUUCCUCCCCUUGUACCUCAUCCAUUUUUUUAGAUGCCCACACCUCUUUAACAUUCCUCAACCUUUCUCUUAUGAAUAGUGUAAAAUAUAUCAUAUAUAUAUAUAUAUGUUUAUGUGAUAGUGAUUGACAUGAUUUACAUUUGACAUCACUAUUUGACAAAGAAGCAACAUGGAAGUAAACUAUAGCAAGUUUAACAGUAUGAUUUGGAUUUUGUCAUUUAGGCGUCGAAAAAAUUCAUACAGUAUAUGUAGCUUGUGUGUUAUGUGUAGCUCAAUAUGUGUUCGACAGCAAAUUGCAUAUCAUGAAAUGUCAGUGUGGAUGUAAUGAA